GCUAUUCUUUCAACUUGGAAUCCAGUCGCAGAGCUGCACCAAGUUUACAUUCCCUGUUUAAAAGAUGGCCCUCACAGAAUCAAAGAAAAAACUGGCCUUGGCCAUAAUAGAUUUUCUUAGCACAAGUGCCAAAGAUGGUACUCUCUCCGCCGAGGAUGCCGAGUCAAUGGAGAUUGCCCAGUCAUGCAUCGCCGACGCCUUCAAGGUCGACCCUUCAAACAAGGCCGCCACGCAGGACGCCCUAGGAGGCCAGUCGCUUUUGAGCAUUUAUACAGUGUAUGAAAAGCUUAAGGGCAAAGGCACUGCCGCUAAGCCUAGCAAAGAUGCCGGUAGUGAAUCAAAACCUGCUGCCUCUAAACCAACCCCAGGUGCGCCUACCGAGGAAUCGGAUAGAUUGAAGUCAGAGGGCAAUGCGGCAAUGGCUCGUAAAGACUAUAUUGGAGCCAUCUCCUUCUACACUAAAGCACUUGAAAUUGCCCCUGCAAACCCGAUUUAUCUGUCCAACCGUGCCGCUGCCUUCUCUGCUUCUGGAAACCAUGCAAGAGCCGUGGAAGACGCUGAGGUGGCUGUGGCUGCUGAUCCGAAAUACGUAAAGGCCUGGAGCAGGCUGGGCCUUGCCAAAUUUGCGCUUGGUGAUGCGAAAGGUGCCGCUGAAGCCUACGAGAAAGGCAUUGAAGCUGAGGGCAACGGUGGGAGCGAGGGUAUGAAAAAGGGCCUGGAGACCGCUAGGAAGCGGAUUGAAGAAAUGGAGAAGAAGGAUAAUGAGCCGCCUGCAGAAGAUGUUGAUGAUGCGGCCGGCUCCACACGCGGUGCUGGCGGCAUGCCUGACCUCUCGUCCCUUGCUAGCAUGCUCGGAGGUGGUGGGGCUGGCGGCGGUGCGGGCGGUGGCAUGCCUGACCUUAGCUCCAUAAUGAGCAAUCCGAUGUUUGCCAGCAUGGCACAGAAUAUUAUGAGCAAUCCGGACAUGUUAAACAACCUUAUGAGCAACCCACGCUUGAGACAGAUGGCUGAGAAUUUCGGUGGCGGUCAAGGUGGUCUUCCCGAUAUGUCGAGCCUGAUGAAUGAUCCGAACAUUGCUGAAAUGGCUCGCAAUCUCAUGGGUGGUGGAAGAGGUGCUGGAAGAGGGCAAUAA